CAGGCGGGUUAGCUGUUUAAGAACAAAAUACCCUGGGAUGUCCAGUCUGUCAUCAGACUGAUGAGCAAACAAAGCCACAGCCCCUAAGAACUCCUGAGAGGUUGAUCGUGUCCUGAGCUGAAGAUGUUCCCAGAACAGCAGAAAGAGGAGUUCGUGAGUGUCUGGGUCCGAGACCCCAGGAUUCAGAAGGAGGACUUUUGGCAUUCUUACAUCGACUAUGAGAUAUGUAUUCACACGAAUAGCAUGUGUUUUACGAUGAAGACGUCUUGCGUACGAAGAAGGUAUAGAGAGUUCGUGUGGCUGAGGCAGAGACUCCAGAGCAACGCAUUGCUGGUACAAUUACCAGAACUUCCAUCUAAAAACCUAUUUUUCAACAUGAACAAUCGCCAGCAUGUCGACCAGCGCCGCCAGGGCUUGGAAGAUUUCCUCAGAAAAGUCCUGCAGAAUGCACUCUUGCUUUCCGAUAGCAGCCUGCACCUCUUCCUGCAGAGCCAUCUGAACUCCGAGGACAUUGAAGCAUGUGUUUCUGGGCAGACCAAGUACUCGGUAGAAGAGGCAAUUCACAAGUUUGCCUUGAUGAACAGACGGUUCCCCGAAGAGGAGGAGGAAGGCAAGAAAGACACCGACGUAGAGUAUGAUUCAGAAAGUUCGUCCUCUGGGCUUGGACACAGUAGUGAUGACAGCAGCUCUCAUGGAUGUAAAACGAGCCCGGCUCUGCAGGAGUCCUGAGAAGGAACUCUAGGGCUACCACCUUCGGAACGAAAAUUGUGCCCAGCCAGAAAGAACGCUUGCUCAUAAUAGAUUCUUACCUAACGCCACUGUCAGUGUCCUAGGUGGUUAAAUUCUUAGAGUGGUGGGUUAUUAGUAGUAGUCGUUUUAUGUUGUCUAAUUCUAGCCAAGCUUCUGUAUGAAGCUGUAAGGUCUGUGAAUGCCGUACAACCCUUUAUUGCUAGUACUUGUAAAUAUGAUCCUGCUCUCAAGUGAAAUGAGUUAUGUGCUCUAUAUAUUAUACAGUUGGUCUUAACCACACUUUAAAGAGCUAGGUGUAUUAGUAGCAUUUAAAGCCCAGGCAGAGCCUCCUUGCUGUAUCAAUGAGGAAGUUACUGUAACACAGUGUGACUGGGGCCAGAGUACGGCACAGGAGACUGCUUCUCUGACUCGUGGCUCUUGCUUUGUGGGGACUUCUUCUCUGGAAAAUACUUUGCCUUCAGGUAUUCAAUUGAAAUAUUUAAGAGUAUUUAAGCUUCCCAGCAUAUCGCAUCAUGUGUAAAUGGGAAAAUAUGUCUUACAAAUAGUACUGAAAAAAAUGUUUACAUCUUAGGAGGGAGAGAAACAGAAGUCUUGGUAAUUUUGCUUAAAUAUGCCAUACACAGAUUUAGAAGUACAUCCUCACUGCCCAAAAUUAGCUUACAUAAACAAGGCUUCUGGCGACAAGUCAUUUUUUUUUUUUUACCAUUGUGCAAUUAGAAUCAUAGCUUAUGAUUUAUUUUCUGACAUUAAAAAAAAAAUGUACGUUUUAAAAAAAGGUCACCAGGUAACUUCCGUCAGUGGUGACUACUUGCUGUUCAUGUUUCAGUUAGAAGAAGGUUUUUGUAAUAGUUAAUUUUACCCAUAAAUAUUUUAAUAAUCUCGGAGUGGAAGUUGGGUUGCUAAUGUCAGAGCUCAUGUUCAUGAUUUAGAAGCCCCCCUUUUUAAUGUGUCUCCCAGAAAAUUGGCUUAAUUUGAAUAAAAUAGGUUUUGUUUUGUUUUUUGUUUUUUUUUUUUCUCAAAGUGGCACAAAGAUAAGAUAUCAUGGGUCCACCAUGAGCUUCCAGUUUCAGACGAGACGGGGUUUUCCUGGACUAAUUAGCCAAGUGCUCCCCAGAGUCUUCCCAGGUAUCUCUGGGAGCCAGCAGAAGGAAUUUUCACCUAAGUGGGAUAACUUGUUGCUUUCAAUGAAUGACCCCCCCCCCACUCUCGCGGGUGCAAAAGCUGCUGCAAAAAGCAGCCAUGUACUUGGGUACUUGAGAGUUACUGUAUUAAUAAAAAGUUAUUGAAUUGUCCUUUGAAA